AAUUUAAUUUUAUUAAAAUAUUCAGUUUUUUCAUUUUCUUUAAUUAACUUAUUUAGAAGAUUUAUUUAACUUAUUUCGCCCCGGAGGGGAGAGAUGUUCUCUAUCAUUAGAUCAAAACUUUUGUCAUAUAUUUUAUAAUUUCUGAGAUAUUUUAUGUAAUACAGGUACGUCGGCAAUAGAUUUGACAAGGUGAAUGAGCACAUACAAUGUCUUCUGGUGAAAAAGAAGGCUGGAAUAAAGUGUACAUGGAAUAAAUCUGCAAUCGUUCAUCAGUCAACCAAUAAUUACAAACGAGUGUUAUGGGCUUCGAUGUAAAACGCUAAAUAUAUCAACAUAUUUGUAUAUAUUAUUAUUGUUUUGUUGCUGAUCUACGAUGAAAUAAUUAAUCAAUUAUAAAAAGUGUUUCUUGUAUAUUCUUUUUUAUAUGGUUUUUUACAUUGUGUGUUUAGUUUAUAUUGUUUAGUGAUAAAAUAUAUGUUUUAUACGGCAGGCAUCUUCAUUUAGAAUUACGUCGCAUCGCUCGCGAUUUGAAUUCAAUAUUCGAAAUACAGAUGGUUUUGAAAACAGCAUCCUAUUUUAUAUACUUGACAGUAUUUAGUUAUCAAUUGUUCUUAAUGAUAAUACAAGAUUAUAAAAAGAAAACAACGUUAUACACUUGGCUUGUCAUCUGCUCUUGGAUUUUUCCGCUUACAAUAAAUCUCUACGUUAUAAAUUAUAUCUAUGACAAUGUCGAAUAUAAGGCGAAAAAAACUUGUACAAUUAUCCAUCAACUAACGACUCCUAUUCGAUACGCUGAUAUGUGGAAAGAAAUUUAUCAGUUCGCUCUACAAGAAAUGCAUCGUCCGUUAAAAUUCACUGGGUUGGAUCUUUUCCAGUUUGGCCAUAAGUUUAUUUGGAAGGAUUUGAGCACAUGUUUGCGUAAGCUAUCCGUUGUGGAUGACACAUUACAAGUGCUCGGAACACCAAAAGAAUACAGAUUGCUAUAUAAAUGGACGAUUGGAGUAAUAAUUGGAUGGAUAAUAUUGGCUUGUUUCUUGAAUACAAUAGAUAGUAUCGUAUCAUAUUACUACACACGUGAACAUUCCGAUAUCGUUCGUAUCUGUGUUCCGUUUUUCACGAAUCAUUUGUUCCAUGUUGAUACCUAUAGUGGAUUGAUAUGGGGAACUAUCCUGGGAUACACAGGCUCCAGAUUUCAACGAAUAAACGAGCAUAUUUAUACACUAUUAAGUGAAGAUACAAAAUGCAUUAAAAGAUGGGAUAAAUUAAUACCAAUUAAUUACCAAUCAAGAGCAGAAGCCAAAGAUUGCAAGAGAUACAUAUGGAUUAUAAUGCAUAUUCACUUGCAUUUAAGCCAUAUAUCACAUCAGUUAAACAAAGUAUUCAGUAUGCAGAUGACGUUACAAAUGGCUUCUUACUUUGCGUUCUUCGUGGAUCUCUUAUGUGUAAUUUAUACAUCAUAUAUAGAUAAAAGUAAAAAUAUUGGAUCAAUUCUGGAUGGACUAUUUUCCUACAUCUGGCUUGUCGUAUGCAUCGUGAAAGUAUUUGGAUUAACUCAUAUUUGUCAAACUGUCUCGGAUAAGGCGCAGGAGACAAUAACAAUUCUUUAUAAAUUAUCCAACGAUAAUCCCGAUGAAGAUUUACGUGAGCAGGUUUUACAAUUUAUAUUACAAAUAAAGCAACGAGAAAUAAAAUUUUCUGGCCUGGGGCUUUUCUAUUUCGAUUAUGGUUUUAUUCGUCACGUACGUUCUCUACAUUUAUUCUGCAAAUCAAUUGUGACCAUUUUGAUAAUUAUAAUACAGAUGCAUGUGUCUUAUGAUGACAUAAGUCAGCCAGUGAAUGACGAAGAUUAUAUAGUUAUAUGAAAUUAAAUCUGUGAAAGCACUCGCAUAUAUAUGAUACACCUACAGUUUCUGAAAAUAUGUAUAUAUUUCUUCUGUUUUAUAUAAUAAAUAAUAAUAUGUAAAU